CGUCAUUGUUUGUGUCAUAUAUACGCGGUGUUAUUUUUUUUAAUUUAUAAUAUUUUGGUGCAUUAAGUAAAUAAUACAUAAUGAAAACAUAAAUAAAUACACAUUGUGAUGUAGGAACAUCUAUAAUAAAAAGGAAGCUAAACCGAAUAAACCUAUUAUCAAAAUGACGGACUCAAGUUCGUUCACGUCUCUGCUGGCGUUGGUGGACAGCCACCUGUCCAAAACCAGCAUUCAAGGUCAAUCUGAGGGGGCCAGCCACAGCCUGAGUGACCACAUCCAAAUCCCUCGGCUUGCCGGGCAGAUUGGUGUCCAGUCUGACACCAGAUUGACUCCACCUGGCCAGCGGAUCAACAUACCCACAUUCCAGUUAGGUUCUAGCCCCAUUGACAAUCUCCUUGCUCAACAAUUAUCAAACAUGCUCAAGGCCAAAGAGCUGAAACGGCAGCAGGAAGAGGAGCAGCAGCGACUCGUCGAAGAAACCCGCCGACUUAAAUUAGAGGAGGACAAAUGCGUUAUAGAUCUCAUGCAAGCACUGCAGACACCGUACAAGCCUGAACCAAAGAAAGAAGUCAUCAGUACCGCCAGCUCUUUUGAAGACCUCUUCGAACCCAACUUCAUUGAGGAAUGCCCUGAAGAAGUGCAGAUGAAAACCCCUGAGCCUCUACUUCCGUUAACAACAGACAUGUCAUACAUGCUUCGACAAAAAGUAAAGAGAGGGAAAUGCUCGCAGUUUGGUAAAGUCCUCACAUCACGCUUAAAGCCUGUAGCCGCUCCGUACUUGCACGAGAUGAUUGAGAGCAACAUUGUGAGGUUUAAAUUUGACACUCCAUCACCCUGUGAUUUGAUAAAGGAAAAGCUACGCAAGCCAACAUCCUACAACACUUAUAACUUUAAUAUAUUUGACAUGAUAUAGGGAAGACAGAGACUGGCCAGGUUUGGGCGGUCGAAACAAGCUUCUGGGAUAAUCUGCAAGAGCAGGCCAGCUCAUGUUGUAUCAAGUCUUGUCUGCAGGAACGCAGCGCAUCGCUGCGGGCGCCGCAGGUACUACUUGUCACCUUCUAAAUCUUAAAGUCCAGUCUUGAUGCAUAAAACUAUUUAAACCAUUUUUUUGACUACCAAAUUUUAAUAUAAGUUAUAUUUUAUAUUACUAAAUAUUGCGGUAUUACGAUCGCUUACACAGAACGAAAGGGUGAAUCAACUAUUACUUGUUUUCAUCCCUUCAACUAGGGUACAACAGUAACAUAUUUAGUGCCAUUUUCAACCAAAAGGGUACUUUGUUGGUUGUCAAUAAGGCGUUAUUUCCAUAUAGCUUCAAUUUGAAAACAAUCUUGUCUACAACUGACAAUGUGAUACCUUUUGAUUGAUAACGUCACAUUUAUUUACUUAGAAAUGUUGUUACACAUUCCACUUAGUAGCCCAAUACAAUAGGUACUGUAUGUUUUUUUUUUAUGUUAGGAAUCACACGCGCCUAUUAGCCGCCGAUAAACAUUAAACUAUUAUUUAUUACUAACGUAUAGGACCCCGGCACAGAGAACCAGUAUUUUGCGCCAUGAGUGGAUGUUUUAACAACAAACCAUUGAAGCGGAGCGUGAAUCUCGCGACCUAAACUCAUGAAUUUUACGGCGCUUACGACGUUUUAGUCGCGUGGUACAGGUUGUGAUUGCGACAAUAGGGACUAUUACUGCAAUGUUCUGCCGCCAGAGUGCAGUACUACUGAUAAAUUCAUAGACUAACUUAUACAUACUCUGCCUUAAACUGUUUUUUGAAUAGUUUUCACAGACAAUAAAAUAUGACAUUGAUGCAUCAAGGCGGUUUGUUAACAAGGGCCUACCGGUAAACGCGAAAGUCGAAAUUUAGUUAUCUGCCUCUUUAUCGCUGGAAUAUGCAAGAGUGAUAGAGAGAUUAGAUAUAGUGUGUAGCUUUUAGGGCUUACAAUCCGGAUAUCAGGAUAACCGUUUUAUCCGGAUAUCCGUCCAAUUUACUAUCCGGAUUUAGACGAGGUUGAUAUCCGGAUAAAACGAAUAAUUCGAAUAAUAUUUAUGACAAAUUCCAAUUUUUAAGAAAACUAUUUCAAAAACGUUGAAAAUUAUAACGUAAACGAUGUCGGUUGAUUUAUUUAUUUAUUGGGAUACAUUUUUACGGUAUAAAACUGUUUAUUUAAGUAUUUCUCCUUGACUGCCAACUACUCCUUUAUUUUUUUAUAUAUUUGGGAACAAUCUUAUGCAGAUCGACUUAGUUCCUUAAAACGUACAAAGUAACUUUGAAUGUACUUGUUCCGUGUUCCUGCGCUGCAUUAUUGUUAGCGUCUGAAUACAUUACUAAUAACGUGCGAACAGACAGACCUAAAAUGGCACCAACCAAGGAGAACUUCGGUUGAUAUUGAACUGCCGAACGUUUUAGCAUCCUGCAUUUGAAUAAAUCUGUAAUUAAAACCUUGAUUGUCUUGUCCUUAAAUGAAAUGUAAUAUCUCAACAAGAAGACACUGUCGCAUCAAUUAGAAGACGUAUUCGUUUCUCUAAAUAUCAAUACCACGGCCAGUAGCAUAUGUCAAUAAGACUAGAUCACUAGAUGACUAGAAUUAUAAUUCAUGGUUGUAAAAUUUACAUGAAAAUAACGCCAAAUAUCUUGUAAUCAUCUGAAGUACUUGAAAAUGAAUUUCGCAGCGCAGGCUGCUAAUAUUAAGCGGAGAGUUGAAGUAUCUCCAUAAAGUAUAGAUUGUUACAAAUAUAGUUUGAGGCAGCCGUUUGCGUUUGCAAAGUUUAAUUUACCGAAGGUUGAAUGUCACAGUAAAGCUUAAGCGAAAAAAAAAUUCCUAGUGAAAAUCAGACAGUAAAUUUUCGACGGAAAGGUAGAACUCCUAAAAAUACCUUAACACUUGCUGUUACGCAACCUUUUAUACGUAAAAUUUGAUUCUAUUACACUUUUUAUAAUAGUUUUUUUUUGUUAAAUAAAAAACAAGUAUUCGAAUUAUCCGUUUUAUCCGGAUAUCCGGAUAGUAAUAUAAUAAAUAAUCGAAAUAUCCGGAUACAAAAAAUGGGCGGAUAUUGCAAGCCCUAGUAGCUUUCAAAUAGAGCUCGACGGCUAAUCCUAUUCAAUUUCAAUUAGCCUUUAUUUAACAAUCUUACUUAAAAAUAAAAUAUAAAGAACUAUUACAAUAUUUGCGCUAUCAGACAUCGGAGUCAAGAUUGUCUUGCUUUCCAACAUAGGCCUCCCCCAAGUACCUCCAAAGUUCCCGAUCAUGGGCUUUCGUUCGCCAAGUGGCACCAGCUAUAACAAUGAAGUCAUCUUCCCAUCUUCGUAGAGGUCUGUGGUUUUUUCUGCCUCCUUCCCUAGGAUACCAAUCAGUCACUUCCGUGGCCCAUUUGUCUUCCUUGCAUCGAAGUAUGUGUCCUGCCCACUUCCAUUUGGAUUUUUUGAUAGUAUGUGAAACAUCUUUGACACGUGUUCUUCUACGUAUGGUCUUUAGGUUGAUACGAUCUAUUCUCCUUAUGUUCAGCAUACUUCUUUCGAUGUUAUGUUGUGUUAUUUCUAGUCUUUUCGUGUGUUCUUUUGUUAAUGCCCAUGUCUGACAGCCAUAUGUCAUACAGGGCAAGAUACAAGAAUUGAAAAUGCGACUUUUUAACUUAAGUGGCAUUGAUGGGUUCUUCGUUAUUUCUUUCAGCGACCAGUACCUGUUCCAUGACGAGUUAAUGCGACUUUGUAUUUCUUUAGAUGUGAUCUCUGAAGUAGAUAUUAUUUGGCCCAGGUAAGUGUAUUCCGUGACAUAUUCUAUAGUGUAGUUAUUAAUUUGUAUCGGAAUUUUGAAUCGAUUGGUUAAUAACUUUGUUUUUGACGUAUUUAUUUGAAGUCCGACUUUCUCGCACUACUAGUUGUUCCAGCAUAAUGCGUAGGUGGUUCACGUCGUCAGAGAUAACUAUAAGAUCAUCUGCGAAUCUAAGAUGGUUUAAUAGAGCGCCGUUUACUUUGAUGCCGUAUUCGCUCCAAUCCAUUUUCCUGAAUACUUCCUCCAAGACUGCGGAAAAUAAUUUUGGCGACAAGGGGUCUCCCUGCCUGACGCCCUUCUUGAUCUUAAACCUAUCACCAUGCCUUUCAGUCUUUAUUGUCGCUGUCGUGUCCUUGUAGAGGUUCCGUAUAAGCCUUAUAUAUUUUUUAUGUAUGCCUUGGUUCAGUAAGGACUCCCAAAUUUUUGCGUGAUAUAAUGAAUCGAAUGCUUUAUUGUAAUCUACGAAUGCCAAAUAAUAGGGCAUUUGGUAUUCGUUGCACUUUUCAAUCAAUUGCUUUAUUGUGUGUAUGUGGUCAAUCGUAGAACAACCGCUUCGAAACCCUGCCUGUUCCUUGGGCUGGUUCUCAUCUAGUGCUUUUGUGAGGCGACCUAGCAGAAUCUUUGAGAACACCUUGUACAUAGAUGACAUAAGACUUAUAGGCCUGUAGUUAUUAAUAUUGUCCCUAUUUCCUUUUUUGUGGAGCAAGAUAAUAGUCGAUGAUGACCAUUGUGAUGGUAUUAUUUCGCUUUGUAUAAUGUCAUUAAACAACUCUAUUAAGGUUUCAAAAAUAGUUUCUGAAGUACCUUUCAGGACUUCAUUCGUGAUGCCGUCUUCUCCUGGCGAUUUUCUGUUUUCAAUGUCUCUAUGGCUUUGGAUAUUUCUAUUUUUAUUAUAGGAGGGACCGGUUCUUCUUCUUCAUGCUUGUCUAAAUACGGUGUCGUAAAAGUAGUUGUAUCAUCAUUGUAUAACUGUCUGUAGAAAUCGGUAGCUGCUUUUAGUAUAUCUGUCCGCUUAGUUUUAGUUUUGUUGUUUUUAUGAUUCUUCAUAUUUGGAAUCCACUCUGUAUUUUCUUGUAAUUCUUUCCAAGCCUUUUGACUCCUCCUGUAGAUUCAAUGUGAUGUAUAAACCUUUCAGUUCUCAUUUUUUCUCUGUGUUUUCUUAUAUUAUAUUAAUCUUCUUGCUUAUACGUGAAAUUUCUUUUCUAUUCUUUGGUUUUUGCUUUUGGAGUGCUUGUCUUUCCGUUAGUAGCUUUCUGGCGAGCUCUCCGAGCUUAUCUUUUUUCGUUGUGGUUGUGUUUAAGGUAUUUUCUAUAUUUUGGAGCCCUUUUUCUAGAAUAUUGUAUUUUUCUUGAAUACUUGUUUUGCUUUGUAUAUUUAGUUUCAGAUUCUUUUCUAACGGGUUUAGUGUUGCUUGCGGCAAAGGUAUCCGUAUUUCCUUUAUGUUGUUUUUAAUAUGUUUUCGAUAUGGAUUUAAUUUGCAACUUUUUAUCUUUCCUCGCACCAUUCGGUGAUCAGUACUAAAGUUUAACUGGUUUUUUAUGCUUACAUCUGCAAAUAUUUUUGGUUUGUUCGUUAAAAUGAAAUCUAUAGCGUUCUUUACUUGCCCAUUGGGUGAUACCCAUGUCCACCUUCUGCUAAUUUUUUUGUUAAAGAAGCUAUUCAUAAUGCAUAAGUUUUGUUGCUGUACGAAAUCAACUAACCUUUGCCCAUUAUCGUUUCGUUUUCCAGUUGUAUAGGGUCCAAUAAAUUUACUUUCAUUGGGAUAUUGAUCUCCUAUUUGGCUGUUUAGAUCACGUAUUGGGGACGCUAGCGGUUUUACUUAACAAUAGACAAUAGGAUUAGCCGUCGAGCUCUAUUUGAAAGCUACACACUAUAACGAAAUUUCGAUUAUCUUGUUUCGCGGUAGGCCAUGUGAUUGACGUGACGUGUGAUGUGUCAAUGUAGUUUGUUUACUGUAUGUGCCACAAAGGUGCCACCUACGCAGAGCUUUGCCUAAUAUUCCCUAUUUCAUUGUUUGGUAUGGCUUCUCCAUAGUAAUGUAAUAGUAACUCAAUGUCGCCAUACAAUCAAAGUGACGCUCGCAACGUCAUAAAAUGAGAGAGUAUGUUCGAUUGUAUGGGUCAAAGUUUAGCGGUGGGUUUGUGUGACUCUUAAAUUCUUUGUACAGAUGUAGUGCAUAAUUUUCUCGGAAACGUUUGUAUUUGUCAUGCUACUUCAGUCAACCUCAGUACUUUUUGUUCCAAGACUGACUGAAAUAGCAAGACACGUCCGUACGUUACCGUGAAAAAACAAUGGAAAAUAAUAAUGCACUACAUCUAUAUAAAACUAUUUAUGUAAAGAGUAACCGAAAAGACAUAGCCAUAUCGUAUGGCAAAAAAGACGAAUAAAGCCACCAUUAGGCCCCAUUCUCACGAGAGCUUUUUCAACGCGCGUUAAAAAAGCGCUUGAAUCUGUCUGCACGCUAAAUUCAAUUUAAUGACCAAGGCUUAAAGUCGAAAAUCCAACACUGCUUGGUAAAAAGCGCCAACGCUGUCGUGUGAAUAAAUACACAUGUAUCCAUUUGUGUCAUUCAAACGCUUUUUUAACGCGCGUUGUAAAAGCGCCCGUGGGAAUGGGGGCUAAUGAGUUCAAUUAUGAUAUUUUAGUUUUAAACAAUGUGGUAUAUAUAGUUUGUCAAAGGACUGUCUCAUUUCAAUCAUAGACAGAUAGAAUCAUACUAUCUUUGUCCUA